UACUGAGUAAUCUCUGAGGAACAACAUUUAUGGCUGACCACACUUCAGAGACUUCAUGAAAGACGAUGUUUCAUAUGGUAACUCUAUCCUUCAUGUCCACUGGGCAGAGUGAAACUGCUCCCUCUCUACUUCAGUGGAUCUAACUCCUCUCCUCUUUAUGUAAACAGCGCCCUCUUUUGUCACAACAUGGGUACUUCUUAAGUGUUCUGCAUUUUUUUCAAAUUAAUACAUUUUUAAUUUCAAGAGAUUCCCCCAAUAUUUUAAUUUGAGAGCACAUCCCUGCAACAGAGUCUCUAUUAUUCCCCGAAGCCAACGACUUUAUGGGUGAUCUACUGAGGAUGACAUUUUUUCUAAAAACGAAUACAAAUUAACGUUGUUAUUGUACUCCAUUAUCUAAAUACCUUUGUUAUAAUUACAAUAUGUAUUGAUCGAGAAAAAUAUUUAAAAACAAUAGGCUAUUACCCUUUUGUUAGCACUUUUGGUACAACCCUCUUGUGUCGUCCCCGGUCGUCCCCCAUCCCGGGUUAAGUGGUGGUUUCGUCCAAAGAUGGCAGCCUCCGUGUGGAAGCGAUGUGUGACUGCGGCUGUCAAAGUUAAAUGUUUAUCCCCGUCUUUUUCAGCCAGGAGAUGGUUGCUCUCAGCAGCUUACACAGACACCAAAGUGUGGGAGGCCAGGGAGAAAGAGCCUCUCAACCUGGCUCUACUUGCCAACAAUAUGGACAGGACAUACGACAGAAAUCUUCCAGUUAGCUCUCUGACUGUGUCUCGGUUUGUUGACACUAUUUCAUCUCAAGAGGAAGUGAACCAAGCAGAGUACUACCUUUACAAGUUUCGUCACAGUCCAAACUGUUGGUACCUGAGAGACUGGACCAUUCACAGUUGGAUAAGGCAGUGUCUAAAAUACGGAGUCAGAGAGAAGGCCCUGCACACACUUAAAAACAAGGUCCAGUAUGGAAUAUUCCCAGAUGACUUCACGUUUAACCUGCUCAUAGAUUCUUACAUUAAGGACGGAGACUUUAAAAGUGCGUGCUCUGUGGUUGAAGAGGUGAUGCUACAGGAGGCCUUCGACCUUUCCUCCACUCAGAUCCUGUCUCUGUAUGCCCUGGCCAGUUACCUAGCAACCAGACCACAACUCACUGUGUCAGAGGAGAGGAUGUUGGGAGCGUCGCUGCUCCUCUGUGGGAGGAAGCAGGAAAACUCUGUUGGCCUCAGCGCUCAGCUGCUGGGCAACGCUCUGCUGGGUAAGGUGGAGAUGUCAAAGGGCAUUCAUGCCUUGUUCAAAGGGAUGCCUCUCUCCUGGGAGCGAGGGUAUCUGAGCCGGGCGCUGGCUGUCAUGGAGGGAGUGGCUGCUGCUUCUGGGGACGUCAAGCUGUCCAAAGACUCACUGGACUACAUGAACGACCUGCUGCAGGAACCGUCUUCUUCCUCAGAAAGCGAGUCCUUUGGAGAGGAGUCAGCAGGAGAGGAGGUAAAGAAAGAAAACCCCGUCGAUGAAGAAGAUGAGGCGGAGAAGGCUAAGCUCCCUCAAUAUGUCAGCAGAUUCAAGGAGCUGUGUAGCCAGUUGGAGUCUGAGGGCAAAGUGGACUCUGCCUCGUUUCUCGCUGCAGGGACCGCUCUGGCCCAGCAGAACAUGGCUGCUGCGGAGAAACCCGACCUGGAGCUGUACGAGAGCAACUUGCCGGCCUGGGAGGCAGAGAGGAAGCAGCUGAUCCAGAGAGAGAAGGAGCUGAGGGCGCAGGCUGAGCAGGAGAAACGGGAGAAGUUAGCAGCCCGGGCCGCAGCCGAGCAGCAGGGGAUGAGAGCCGAACAAUGACACCUGACAUUUUCAUUGAGUUUACCCGUGGAAAUUGUGAAAUAUCAACAUCCACAACAUUACCAUUGUGUCACUAUUCAGUUUUGUAAAUAACAAUUAUUGUGUGCUUAUGUGAGUAAGUAUUGCUCUGUUUUUAUAAAACGAAAUAGGGCAAAUUAAAAUAAUGUAU